GCUCCGAAACGCGGAUCGCGCAAUCUGCUCUAGCCCGCGGAUAACGGAUUUCGCAAAGCGACCUCCGAUCGACGGCACCCGUCCCUGCCGCAAGCCCCUACUGCUAUUCAAGUAGCCGAUUACCCGUGCCGUGCACCAUAAAUCUGUCCUGAGUUGCGCUCAAGUAGCAAGCCACCACAGGACUCGAGCGCCAUGUCGAACUCGUACGCGACCACGGAGGCCAGACCGACGGCACGAUGGAAGCGGUUCGUGAAAUCGAACCUUCUCACCUUCCUGACCGUGGUCGGCGUGUUCGGUGGCACCGCGCUCGGGCUGAUCCUGAAAAACUCCGGCACCCCCUGGACACAGCGUGAGGUGAUGUAUAUUCAGUAUCCGGGCGAUCUGUUCUUACGGAUGUUGAAGUGUUUGAUUGUGCCAUUGCUUGUGUCGUCGAUCACCAGUGCGAUUGGAUCGCUAGAUUUGAGCAUGUCCAAGAAGAUCGCCUUCCGCGCAAUUACCUACUACUUCACGACGACGAUCUGCGCCGUCGUACUGGGUAUCAUUCUGGUCAGCACCAUUCGGCCGGGUGCGGGCCGUGAGGUCUCGAACAUCGGAGGCCCGGCAACCACGCGGCAAGUGCUCACGGCCGACACCCUGCUCGAUCUAGUGAGAAACCUCUUCCCACCGAACAUCAUUCAGGCAACAAUGUUUCAGUUCCGAACACUUCUAGUUCCACCAGCAAACACCACCGAUGUUCCACUGACCCAGUACAAAAUUACAUCGGAGUUCACCGAGGGCACGAACGUGCUCGGGUUGGUCAUGUUUAGCGUUGUGCUGGGGUCCUGCAUAGGAAAAAUGCGCGAAAAGGGUAAACCGCUGCUUGGGAUGUUCGAAUCACUUAGCGAGGCCAUGAUGAUUAUCACCUCGUGGGUAAUCUGGAUCUCGCCGAUCGGUGUACUUUUCCUGGUGGCGGCCAAACUACUCGAGAUGGCGUCGUUCAUGGAGGUGCUCGGCCAACUAGGAUGGUACUUUAUGACUGUGAUGCUGGGACUGUGUCUGCACGGUUUCGGUACCAUUUCGGUGAUUUUCUUCAUGACCACACGCAAAAUGGCGUACCCGUAUAUCGGCAAGAUGAGCCAGGUGCUGGCGACUGCAUUCGGUACCGGGUCCAGUUCCGCAACGAUGCCCAUCACGAUCCGCUGCCUAGACAACAUGGGAAUGGAUCCGCGUGUGACGCGAUUCGUCAUCCCGGUCGGUGCUACGAUCAACAUGGAUGGCACGGCACUGUACGAAGCUGUGGCCGCACUGUUUAUUGCUCAACUUCGUAAUAUUCAUCUCACCUUCGGUCACAUUGUUGCAGUGAGUGUGACAGCCACGGCAGCCUCUAUUGGAGCGGCCGGUAUUCCGCAGGCCGGUCUCAUUACGAUGGUCAUGGUGCUGGACACCGUUGGGCUUCCCGCCGAAGACGUUACCAUCAUUAUAGCCGUCGAUUGGCUACUUGAUCGAUUCCGCACGACAAUCAACGUGAUGUGCGACGCACUGGGUACAAUUCUUGUGGACUCACUCUCCAAGAAGGAUCUGGCCGGUGAAACGAAUGGCAGGCUGGAACUGGCUGAACCACACGAACUAGUUGAGCUGCGGCCUGAUCAGAAGGAGUAGAGAUCAAAUGCAGGAUCAAGUGUAGCGUCAUCAUCUUCUUUUCUCUGCCCAUCCAAUCUAAUACAUCCCUGUCGACCCAAUCGUUGUUAGUUGGUUCUGAGACUAGCAAUUCAUACGUAAAACUCAACGUAAUGCAGAACCGUGUUCCCUGACCGUGGAGGCGAAGCGAACCUGAGGCUGACUUCGGAGAAACCAACGCACGAUAGGCGAGCUCGUAACCAUCAUCGCUCCGCCCGGAAAGAGCCCUGUAACCGCUAGGCUGGCUGGAAUAACACACCGAUUUCCGAUCGCGCACUGCCCACCAUCAUACCUCCCGCAGCAUACUCUGCCCCAGCCAGCCCAGGGGAAGACGAUAGCAAGCACGCAGAGCAUGAUGUGACCAUUACGCGAAAUUAGAGGAUGGAUUUUCUAUAUUGUUCAAAGCGAAAAUGACUAGGUUAAGGAACAGACCAGGAAGAAUAACAACAACCAGUAUCUAUUUAGGACGUAACAUCCGCCUACCGAUGGACCAAUGGGACGGUUGUACAAACGCAACUACACAAUCUUAGAGGUUUGAGCGUAAGACCAAGACUUUUAAGGCCAGGAUACCGAUAUACGGACGGUGCUUGUACCUUCGCAUACGAGCUACAAGAAUCAAACCCCGAAUUCUCCACCGCACGAUCGCACGAUCCUUCCGUGCCCUUGGCGGGAUCACUGUUCAAACGGUUAGAAACUAGAAAUCAAUGUUUUGGUAAAUAGUGUAGGCAUUUUUGUUUUCAAAGUGUUGGAGUAUCUUACACUAUCCACAAACCAUGGAGCGCCAUCAUGUCGCUUGUUUUGAUCACGUUCGGUGCGUGCCGGAACGAUGCCCAACCGUAAGCCCUUAUCUUUGGCAAAGGCGUGAUGUCUUACAUUACUUCGCCGAGUGAUUGAGGUUUGUUCCACAUUGGUUUUCAUUAAUUUUGGAUGGGAGCACCAGAACAGCUGAAGACAAAAACCGACGAAAAAAGGCGUGCAAAACUGAGAUUUCAGGCUAAAGCAACGAUCGAGCAACAGGAAAGUUUGUAUAUUUAAAAAUACUUACAAAUAUAUUUUAAUGAUUAACUUUUUGUACAUUACCUUCAUUUCUCGUAUUUGUCCGUGCGAUGCUGGAAGAGUUUGCUUUCAUAGAUUGUUUUUACGUUUUACUUUCGUUACGUUUUGUGUUCGAGUUGCUCAUACCAUAUUUAUCGAAAAUAGUGACUCAAUAGUGGAAGUAAUAUAGUCGUGUCGAGCAAUCUGUUUCCGUGGACAUUUGUCUAAAUUUGUUAAAUGUACAUUGGUACUCCGAUGUAACAAUGGACGCCCGAACAGACGUUGUUACACGGGAGUUUCACAGUACCACAAACAUAGCAGCCAUGGAUUGUGUAGUAAUAGAAAACCAGUGUA